AUGGUACAAAAGAACAAAAAAAAGAGGGGUGAAUCGUGUGAGGUGAAUCGUGGUGAAGCGCCUCCAGAGCCGCUUCACCUGUUGACGCGAUUCACCCCGAAUCACAGGGGUUUCGGGGUCCACGAUUCACUUUCACCCAAAGUGAAUCGUGCAGCAAUAUCAGUGGCUCCUUCAUUGACUGCCUUGCAAAAGGAUGAAAGGCGUAUGUCAUCUACCCCAAUUUGGACUGCUUCGAGCCAUACGGUCACGACGGCCUUAUCGCGAAGGGAGCAAAGCACGUCAGUAAUGACUAUGCGUUGUUAA